CCUGCCCUCCGCCGGGCUGGGUGGACCCGGCGUCCGGGGCCGCGCACGCCUCCUCCGCGAGCCAGGACCCCGGGCCGCGCGCGCCCCACAUCCCGCGCCCCCUCCCCGCCUGGCGGGCGCGCGCCCCGGCUCCCGCUCCCGCUGGCAGCGGCGGCGGCGGGGAUUGUUUUUGUUGUCGCUGAGGCCGGAAGAGCCGUGGGAGCCGAGUCCCUGUCCCCCGGCCGGGCGCCGCCGCCGCCCCCUGCCCAGCGCCCGCGUCUCCGCGGCGCCCCCCCAGCGCCAAUAUUCCGGAGAUCAAGCGUUACGCGGCGGCGGCGGCGGCGGGGCCCGGAGCGGGAGGCGCCGGGGACCGGGGCGAGGCGGCCCCCGCCGCCGCCAUGGAAGCAGUGGGACCCGGACCUCCAACUAGCCUGUUUCAGCCACCUCGUCGUCCUGGCCUUGGAACUGUCGGAAAACCAAUUCGACUGUUAGCCAAUCAUUUUCAGGUUCAGAUUCCUAAAAUAGAUGUGUAUCACUAUGAUGUGGAUAUCAAACCAGAAAAACGGCCUCGUAGAGUCAACAGGGAGGUAGUAGAUACAAUGGUGCGGCACUUUAAGAUCCAAAUAUUUGGUGAUCGGCAGCCUGGCUAUGAUGGCAAAAGAAAUAUGUACACAGCACAUCCACUGCCAAUUGGACGGGAUAGGGUCGAUAUGGAAGUGACCCUUCCAGGUGAGGGUAAAGACCAGACCUUUAAAGUGUCUGUUCAGUGGGUGUCAGUUGUGAGUCUUCAGUUGCUUUUAGAAGCUUUGGCCGGGCACUUGAAUGAAGUCCCAGAUGACUCAGUUCAAGCACUUGAUGUUAUCACAAGACACCUUCCCUCCAUGAGGUACACUCCAGUGGGUCGCUCCUUUUUCUCACCUCCUGAAGGUUAUUACCAUCCUCUGGGAGGAGGUAGAGAGGUUUGGUUUGGCUUUCAUCAGUCUGUGAGACCUGCCAUGUGGAAUAUGAUGCUCAAUAUUGAUGUAUCUGCAACUGCUUUCUACAGGGCUCAGCCUAUCAUUGAAUUCAUGUGUGAGGUUUUAGACAUUCAGAACAUCAAUGAACAGACCAAACCUCUAACAGACUCCCAGCGUGUCAAGUUUACCAAAGAAAUCAGAGGUCUUAAAGUUGAGGUGACCCACUGUGGACAGAUGAAACGCAAAUAUCGAGUUUGUAAUGUGACUAGACGGCCAGCCAGUCAUCAAACUUUUCCCUUACAGCUAGAAAACGGUCAAGCUAUGGAAUGUACAGUAGCUCAAUAUUUUAAGCAAAAGUAUAGUCUGCAGCUGAAAUACCCCCAUCUUCCCUGUCUCCAAGUAGGACAAGAACAAAAGCAUACAUACUUGCCACUUGAGGUCUGUAAUAUUGUGGCAGGGCAGCGAUGUAUAAAGAAGCUCACGGACAAUCAGACUUCCACGAUGAUCAAAGCCACAGCACGAUCCGCUCCUGACAGACAGGAAGAAAUCAGUAGACUGGUGAAGAGUAACAGCAUGGUGGGUGGACCUGAUCCAUACCUUAAAGAGUUUGGUAUUGUUGUCCACAAUGAAAUGACAGAGCUCACAGGCAGGGUCCUUCCAGCACCAAUGCUGCAGUAUGGAGGCCGGAAUAAAACGGUAGCCACACCCAACCAGGGUGUCUGGGACAUGCGAGGAAAGCAGUUUUAUGCUGGCAUUGAAAUUAAAGUUUGGGCAGUUGCUUGUUUUGCGCCUCAGAAACAAUGUAGGGAAGAUUUACUAAAGAGUUUCACUGACCAACUCCGUAAAAUCUCUAAGGAUGCAGGAAUGCCCAUCCAGGGUCAACCAUGUUUUUGCAAGUAUGCCCAAGGUGCAGACAGCGUGGAGCCCAUGUUUAAACACCUGAAAAUGACAUAUGUGGGCCUACAGCUAAUAGUGGUUAUUUUGCCUGGAAAGACACCAGUAUAUGCGGAGGUGAAACGUGUUGGAGAUACCCUCUUGGGUAUGGCUACACAGUGUGUCCAGGUAAAAAAUGUCGUGAAGACUUCACCUCAGACCCUUUCUAACCUUUGCCUGAAGAUAAAUGCAAAGCUUGGAGGAAUCAACAAUGUGCUUGUACCUCAUCAAAGGCCUUCAGUGUUCCAGCAGCCUGUCAUCUUCCUGGGAGCAGAUGUCACGCACCCCCCAGCAGGGGAUGGGAAGAAGCCUUCCAUCGCCGCUGUUGUUGGCAGUAUGGAUGGCCACCCCAGCCGGUACUGUGCUACUGUUCGGGUGCAGACCUCUCGCCAGGAGAUCUCCCAGGAGCUCCUCUAUAGUCAGGAGGUAAUCCAGGACCUCACUAACAUGGUUCGAGAGCUGCUGAUUCAGUUCUACAAAUCCACACGCUUCAAACCCACUCGGAUCAUCUAUUACCGUGGAGGGGUAUCCGAGGGACAGAUGAAACAGGUAGCUUGGCCAGAACUAAUAGCAAUUCGAAAAGCAUGUAUUAGCUUGGAAGAAGAUUAUCGGCCGGGAAUAACCUAUAUUGUGGUGCAGAAAAGACAUCACACAAGACUCUUCUGUGCAGAUAAAACAGAAAGGGUGGGGAAAAGUGGCAAUGUACCAGCAGGCACUACUGUGGACAGCACCAUCACACAUCCAUCUGAGUUUGACUUUUACCUCUGUAGUCAUGCAGGAAUUCAGGGAACCAGCCGUCCGUCACAUUACCAGGUCUUGUGGGAUGACAACUGCUUCACUGCAGAUGAGCUCCAGUUACUAACUUACCAGCUGUGUCAUACUUAUGUGCGGUGCACACGCUCAGUCUCUAUUCCAGCCCCUGCCUAUUAUGCCCGGCUUGUAGCAUUCAGGGCACGGUAUCAUCUGGUGGAUAAAGAUCACGACAGUGCGGAAGGCAGUCACGUGUCAGGACAGAGCAACGGCCGAGAUCCUCAGGCCUUGGCUAAAGCCGUGCAGAUCCACCAUGAUACCCAGCACACGAUGUAUUUUGCCUGAGAGUCUCAGAAAAAGAACUCAACCAAUUGACACCCCAUGCAGCCUCAAAAUGUUUCAAAUGCCUACCGCCUCUAGAGAGAGCCAAGCUGACUUCAGGUGGUCUUCUACCAGCAAUUCGGAAUGGUUGCACUGAAUCUAUACUUCACAGCACUGUCUGAUGCAUCAACAAAAUUGAGCCAUUUUUUUUAAAGUAAUAGAUACUCAUAGAUUGUCUUUUCUGAUGCACUGGACUGAAUUUUUACCUCAUCAUGCAAAGGCUGAUCAGCCUGAACUUUCUAAAGGACUUUACAAGAAAGGUUUCUAUGGACUAUUUUGCUAGCUGUGGUGUUCACCGCAUCCUUCUAGUCUUACAAGAGAGGAUUAUUCCUUUUUUCUGUAUUCAUCGAGUGGGGUAUGUGCAUAAAUGGGAGAGAAAAACCAAACAGUCUACUUCGGUUCAGUGUAACUAUUUAAUUGUGUGGGUCCAUAGACUUUUUAAUGGAGAUUUCUGACUUCACCACUGUAAAUGCCUUUAAUGAGCAUUAAUUUUUGAAAGUUUUACAGAGUUUUAUUAGUUUUACUACUUUAUCUAUUGAUCUCUACAGACUUGUGCUGGUGUAAGUACAGGCUGCCAGGCAAAUUGCACUAUAUUCGGCUGCAGAUUCAGGCAGGCAGUUCUCUUAUUUGGUUGACUUUUGUGAAUGUGUAACACAGACAGAUGGAAUGCAUGUCACAGCGACAGAUAACACUGCCAUGGUCAAAGUACUCAUGUUUCCCCCUUUUUGAAAAAAAAAAAUUAGCUUUUAGUAUUUUUCAAAAGUGCCCAUUUUAUGCUGCUGUGUGGUUUGUUAGAUCUAAAUGAUUUUUAAACUUUUCUCAUAGAAAGUUAACUUUGGCAAUAAACAUUUUUUAAGGUCCCUUCUCUUCCUCCUCCUGACAAUGUAGUUUUUUAGAUGAGAUUUCAGUAUGAUUUUUAUCAGCUAUUUCUUAUAGAUCAUAGUCUGGCAAUUUCUGAACCUGGUCAGAAAAGACAUAUAUUUCCAUGCCUUUUUUAAAAAUUAUUUUUAUCUGUUUUAUAGUCACAGUUGAUGUCCUGUCACUUUGUUUUAAAAUAAGCUAGAACCAGGAUGCUUCCUUAUUGGAUAGGCUUUGCCAUCCUUAAGGUACAUUGAGUGAUGCUGCAACUUGCAAAAAUGUACCAGCAUUUAAAACUUUUUUUUCCUGGGAAUCAAGGUUACUCACAGAAUUACUUGCAGUGCAAAAAUUUUGCUUCUCUUUCAACCUGAAAUGUAUUUGGUGGAGGUUCCUUCCUUUUAUUAAACUGAAACUACAUAGAAAAGGUUGAUUUUUCUUAAUAGAUUCUGGAUUCCGUUCACAGGGAGACAGGAUUCCUUUCUUGUCCAAACAAAGGGAGUUGAUCUAAAAGCAAGCAUCAGUUAAAAUGUAGGGGGAAAUGUAUUUUGUAUUUAGUGUAGAUAAUACUUUGUGAAUGGACAACAGUUACAUAGAGUCUUGAUAGUUCCAGCCAGUGUUUCCCAGCCCAAUUUUUACUGACUUAGAAUUCUCUGUCCUGGAACCUCAGGAGUGAGAGCUGGAAAGAGAGAUUAAAGUCCCAGAGCCACUCCAUAUGGCUGGGGGGAGAGAUAGACACGAUGUGGUCAAUUGAUUUUGCCACCUCUGUCUGGAAACUGCUGGUGGGGGAAACACUGGAUCUAAUGGUGAAGGAUGUUUGCUCGAACUCAUUAGCCAGUCCAAAUCUCUUAAACUAGCCUUCUCAAAAUCCCAGCAAUAUAAAGCACUGUUUUUCUUCAGUCUUUUAAAGAAGCUUGUAAAUACAUUAAAGUUUACAUUUCCAUGUGCUGUUGAUCAGCGGCGCCACCAGUGUUUGCUGAGACUGGUCUCUGAGAGUUUUAUAAUGUAUAUGGAGUCCUAAAGCUCAUUAAGAUACAAGCGCAGACCUCCUUAUUCUCUCCAUAGAGUGGGAUGAAAGCAAGCUCUGUAAUAGAGGCACAACAUAGGUGGGAGUGAAGAAGAUGGCAGAUGUUAAUUAAUUUCUUAAGGUUUUCCUUUUUUGCAAAUACCUCACUUGGACACUACAAAUCAGGACAUGUUGGUGAGGGGCUGGCUGCUGCUUUUUAUUCAUACUUGUUCAGGGAGAGCACAGAAAAUACCCUUCAGCUUGGCCACCCUGGACUCAAGAGAAGGAAAAAUGGAAGCUUUUUUUUAGGAGAAGAAGGACUUGCUGGAGUCCAGGCUGUGAAGAACUCUUGGUGGCUGGCUGGCUGGCCAGCAGGCACCACAUCUGCAUUUGAGUGCCUCAGACUUGCUUGUUAACAAUGCACAGAAGAAGUGUCACUUCUCACUAUCUCCUGGCAUGUAUGGAGCAGGGAGUGAGGCGGAAUGCCAGGAAGCCCUGACUCGCUUGCCUGCAGUUGGGCUAUCCGCUGGACCUUGAACUGUAGUUUGUAUGACCUCAGUCAGUCCAAGUGCACUGGGGCAAAUCAGCAUUGUGGUGGAGGAAAAGCCGGGAGGCCUAUUUUUCUAGGAAAACAGUACCUUUAAGGGUGCAAUGCUGUCAUUUUGGACAAACGAAAAGAAAUACAGAAGAACUAGGAUUGUUGGAAAACACUUGCUGAGGGGUGAAUCUUUAAAAGGUAAUCACUGCUGAACCAGAGUUGCAACAAUACUACUUCGAGCAAAUCUGAAUGCAGUUUUAAUUUGGCUUGACAAUGUGAACACAGUAGCCCCUUGGGACUGACUGAAUCCUUAUGCAUGUGUCAAUCAAUGGGAGGUGUGCAUUCUCUAGAAGUAGCUUUAGGCUGUUGGGUUUUUUUUAAAUGCAGCCUAUUUAGGCACUGUCAUGUGGUGUGAAAGAUUUAAAUGUAGCAAUGCUAAAGAGUAACAAUUUGGGAAUAAGGGGCGGGGAUAUUAAAUGGUGAAGAUCCAAAUGUUGAACCAAUUAUGUUUUGUUGUUGUUGUUAGCUGUAAAGUGAACUAGCUGGCUUAAUACAGCCGGUUGUCUGGGCAGGCAGAACGUACUCAUUCUUACUGUAAAUUCUAUUUGCUGCUUCCAAAGGUGAUGAUUUACAAGCAGACAUAUUCUACAUGGUCUGUGUUUUAGGAUCUGGUGCCCAGGCUAUAUCAGAGCUUAUCUAGCUGGCUCAGCUACCUACCCAUCCUGUGGGAAAAGGUAAUCCACUGUUUAACAAGGCUCACCCUCUCUGCCCUGCUCUAGAGACCCUUUGUGAAUGUGCUGUAAGAUUUUCUUGCUCAAUAGCAAGGUGGUAGCUCUGCUUUCAUUUUAAGGAAGUGGAGACUGAGGGCAUUGUAUCAAUACUGCUUCAACUCCAAGGAUUUUUCCUUGUAAAAUUAAAGGGAAGAUCUUGUUAUAGAUUAACCAUUUUCUUAUCCCUUGCUAUUGACAUAUUCAUGCUCCUUCUACAUCUAGUGGCUAAAAAUGUUUGCAUUUGUUCAUUUGACUAAUGGUGUCAUUUUUUGUUUCUAUAUUGUUACGCCUGUAAUGUUUUCAAAUGUAUUUUAUUAAAUUUGGACUGGAUGUAUGUCUCUAGCAAUACGAGGUACUUGCUAAACUAUUAAGGGAGGGGUGGUAGCCCCAUGUUGAGAUAAGAUAAUGGUUGUUUAAGUUUCAAUUUUUUUUUUUUUUGGCCUGCAGGGAUAUUUUGUGUUCAUGUGUCCAAAAAAAGAAUAAAUUGGCAUUCUUGUGCCAAAUGUU